AUGUGCAUUCCUCUAAGUGCAAGAACAAGUGCAGAUAGAAUUUUCUGGAAGCCAGAAAAGAAGGGUUUUUACUCUGUCAAGACCGCUUAUUGGAUAGCACGAGAGCAAGUUCUAAGCACAACUUCGGCCUCCACAUCACAAGGAGAUCCUUUCAGACCUUUAUGGCAGCGAAUCUGGAAAUCAAAAGUUCCAGGUAAAGUCCAGAUCAAUGCCUGGCGUGCUUGUAACAAUUUGUUACCCACAAAGGCGUCUCUUCUUCGCAAAGGGUUCACUGGUAACACUAGCUGCCUUCUAUACCUUGCCAAGUUUGAGGAUAGAACUCACAUCUUUUGUAAGUGUCCUACAGCUAACAAUAUUCUCUCUGCACCACCUUUUAAUUUCCAGCAGCAUAUUGCACCAAAUAUGGACUUCAAGAGUUGGAUGCUCGACAAGGCAACAACGCUGCAGCAAGAUGUGUUUGACAAGCUGCUCAUGAGUCUUUGGGCGAUAUGGAAAAAUCAGAACAGCAUGUUAUGGCAAGGUAUUUCUCAAUCACAUAAUGAGAUAAUGUUUGCUGCAUUUUCAUGGCUUGAAGAGUUCAGAAAAGCAAGACAAUCCAACCAACCGGCCAAAAUAUCAAACCGGAAAACAAGUGGCAACCGGAUAAUGAAGAGUGCAAAACAAGUAGAGUUGCUGGCAAUCAACGAAGGACUAAAACUGUUGUGCACCUUUCCAAGGCAACCAGUUGUUAUGGAAACAGACUGUUUGGAGGCUAUUCUGGACCUCAAAAAUCCCAAAUUUGAUUUACUGGCAUAUGCAGCAAUAAUGGCUGAUAUUCAUGCUAUGUUGAAGGCCAAACCGGAACUAAAAGUGUGUUUUGCUCCUAGAACUUGUAAUGGCGUGGCUCACAGGUUGGCUAGUCUAGCUUUUGAUGAGAAUGAUAGACAUGUAUGGAGGGAUACUCCUCCUGAAUGUAUCCUAGAUGUACUAGCCCGGGAUUAUAACUCAGGCUAA